AUGUCGGCUGACUACGAGACAUCUAUAAAACGCUGGAAGCUCUUGGAUUCUUUGGCCACAUCAAAGCGCAACCCUUGGGAAGAUGAAAAACAAUUGCUUGAGUCAGGAUUGCAUUCACAGUUUGUUGACGGAAUUUCUCAGUGUAGAGAAUUAUGUGAACAAAAGCUGGAAAGGAUUGCAGACAUUAGAAAUAGGGAGGUUGCUCGUGCUGAAAAUACAUAUAAACAUGAAGUUGAUUUACUUGAAAAGGAAUAUGAAAAUAGAGUAAGCGAAGUUGUCGAAAAUCUUUGGCUAGAACUUGAAGAGAAGAAGCGCCAGUUAGAUUCUGAUAUUUCUUCUUUGGAUAUUUCUCGAUGGGAUGGAAGUUUUGGCAGUUCUGAUUCAAAUUGGUCAGCUCAUGCAGGACAAAGUAGUAACCUUUGGAUGAAUGCUCAACAAAUAACCUCACAAGGAAUACUUGGCAAGAAACAGCUAAGGAGACGGCCUAACGAAGUGGGUAACUGUUCAGUAAACGUUUCUUCAGUCGCAGCUGAGAGCAGCGUCAGUGCUUCCGUCUUCUCUGAAAAGAAGGGUAGGAAAAGAUCUCCGGGUGCUGCACAUAUUUGUCCGCUUAUAACACAAUCUCUUUUAUCUGCCCAAGCAAUUGCUGAAGACGUGGAAAAUUGGUCUUCUUCAAAGAGUUCUGUCAUCAAUGGUGCAUCACCGUUAAUUGGUACAGAAUUAGCCACUUGUAACAAUUUGGACAAUUUCGAUGAACAAAGAUUAGGAUCAACAGAAAUGAGAAAUGUGCUAGGGUCUGAUGCAACGACAAAUGCAGAUGAAAUACAACAUAGACGACUAGAUCAUGAGAACUCCCGGUUAAAGAGGCAUCCUCGAAAAGUUGUCUUAGAAUUUGGGAAACUCAGUCUAGAUGGGAAAACUUAUCAUCGAGGGCAAAACGUUUUCAUAAAAUCAUCAAAUACCGGUUGGAAGUCAAUGCAAGCUUUAGUUAUGCAAGUUAAUGAGUUAACUGUACAAUUUCGUUCGAGUAUUCCUGGUGAUACCAGAACUGUGACCGCGACUAAGGAGGAUCUUGAGAGCGGAAGAGUGCUUGUCAAAAAACGAUAUUGA